CCCCAGCCUCGCUGUGGCCUGCGGCUCCCGGGCUGGUAACGCCGCUCUCGGUCGCGCGGAUUGAUCGUGUGGAAUCGCGGGUCGCGAGCGCUCGCCGCCGGCCAUAGCUCAGCCCAGCGCCGCCAAGGCCGACGGCCCCCAGCCUCUGCCAUGGACUUCGAGGACGAUUACACACACUCCGCCUGCAGGAAUACUUAUCAGGGCUUUAAUGGAAUGGAUCGUGAUUAUGGCCCUGGAUCUUAUGGAGGGAUGGAUCGUGACUAUGGCCAUGGAUCCUAUGGGGGUCAGAGAUCCAUGGAUUCCUACCUAAACCAGUCAUAUGGCAUGGACAAUCACAGUGGUGGUGGUGGGGGUAGCAGGUUUGGACCUUAUGAGUCUUACGACUCCAGGUCUUCUCUGGGUGGGCGAGAUCUGUACAGAUCUGGCUAUGGUUUUAAUGAACCCGAACAAAGCCGCUUCGGAGGUAGUUAUGGUGGUCGAUUUGAGAGCUCCUACCGGAAUAGCCUUGACUCUUUCGGAGGUAGAAACCAGGGCGGGUCUAGCUGGGAAGCACCUUACUCCCGUUCAAAAUUGAGGCCUGGGUUUAUGGAGGACAGAGGAAGAGAGAAUUACUCUUCCUACAGCAGUUUUUCUUCACCCCAUAUGAAGCCUGCACCUGUAGGCUCUCGGGGGAGAGGAACGCCUGCUUAUCCUGAAAGUACGUUUGGAAGCAGAAACUAUGAUGCUUUUGGAGGACCAUCAACAGGCAGAGGCCGAGGCCGAGGACAUAUGGGUGAUUUUGGAAGCAUUCAUAGACCCGGAAUUGUUGUUGACUAUCAAAACAAAUCCACCAAUGUGACAGUUGCUGCUGCAAGAGGAAUAAAGAGAAAAAUGAUGCAGCCAUUUAAUAAGCCCAGUGGAACCUUUAUCAAGAAACCCAAAAUAGCAAAACCUAUGGAGAAGAUAAGCCUCAGCAAAUCACCCACAAAAACUGAUCCUAAAAAUGAAGAGGAAGAAAAGCGGCGAAUUGAGGCUCGGCGAGAGAAACAAAGGCGCAGAAGAGAAAAAAACAGUGAGAAAUACGGAGAUGGAUACAGAAUGGCAUUUACAUGUUCAUUUUGUAAAUUUCGAACGUUUGAAGAAAAAGAUAUUGAACUGCAUCUGGAAAGUUCUUCACAUCAGGAAACGUUAGAUCAUAUACAGAAACAAACUAAAUUUGAUAAAGUAGUUAUGGAGUUUUUGCAUGAGUGUAUGGUGAAUAAAUUCAAGAAAACAUCUAUUCGUAAGCAACAGACAAAUAAUCAAACAGAAAUAGUUAAAAUAAUUGAAAAAGAUGUUAUGGAAGGUGUUACUGCAGAUGAUCACAUGAUGAAGGUAGAGACAGUUCAUUGCAGCGCUUGCGGUGUGCAUGUCCCUGCUUUACAUAGUUCAGUUCAGCAGCACUUAAAAUCUCCUGAUCAUAUCAAAGGGAAGCAGGCUUAUAAGGAACAAAUAAAAAGAGAGAGUGUCUUGACUGCUACAAGCAUUUUAAAUAAUCCAAUAGUGAAGGCGCGAUAUGAACGUUUUGUUAAGGGUGAGAAUCCUUUUGAAAUUCAAGACCAUUCUCAGGAUCAGCAAAUAGAAGGAGAUGAGGAGGAUGAAGAGAAGAUUGAUGAACCUAUUGAAGAAGAGGAGGAUGAAGAGGAGGAAGAAGAAGCAGAGGAAGUGGGGGAAGUAGAGGAAGUGGAAGAAGUAGAGGAAGUGAGAGAAGGAGGAAUAGAAGGAAAACGUCAAAAACAAAAAAAGAGUUUACAAAACAAAUACCACCUGGAUGACAGUGAUGGUAACAAGCCAUCAGUGGUAAGAUGCAUCCAAACACCAAAAAUGAUAAAAUGUGAAGGCAAAAAGUUUUUUUUUGUUUAAGAAUUGAUGAAACAGGAUAUAGCUAUAAGAAUGGUCUUUGCAGCAUGAUUUGUAAUAAUGAGAAAUAGGAAAUAAAUUUAACAAUAAAGGGAAUAAUUAAAUUAUGGUACAGGCAUCACAAUUGAAUUCUCUAGCCAUCAGGAAGAAUGAGAGAGAUCUCUCUGUUUUGACUUGGAAAAAUCUCCAAGAUAUAUUGUUAAGAGGAAAAAAGCAAGUUACAAUAUAAUAUAUAGUAUAUAUUAGAGUUUCACUUAGGAAAAAUUAUAUAUAUGUAUAUAUGCAAGUAUACAAAUUCCAAACUUUCUACAGGAUGCAUAGAAAUAAAAACACAUUUGCCUAGAAAAAAUGUCUGAAAGGAUAUAUAAAUAGCGUUUAUGCAUGAAGAGGGAAGUUGAACUGGGAGAGUGUGGACUUUUGUUUUUACUCUACCAAUUUCUGGUUUUUUUUUAUUUUUAAAACAGUAGGUUAUAAUGAUAUGGUACAUUAUAAUGUAAAUGUUAAAUCUGGAAAAUGUAGAGAAGCAUAAAGAAUAAAAUAAAAAUAACUAGAAUUUAACCACCAAGAUAAAUAGCGCUAUUAAUAGGUUUUGUACAUUUCCUUAUGAUCCAUUUUCCUUUGCAAGGAGAUACAUAUUGAUACUGUUUCUUAAGCUAAGAGAAACAGGAAGAGCAGGUUUACAUGAGGAAGAUGAUAAAUCAAUUUUGGGACAUGUUAAAUUGGCAUUGCCUGUGGGAUGCUGAAAUUGUGUUAUCAAGUAAGCAAUUGGAUAUAUGGAUAUGGUGCUUAGGGGAGCUCAUGAUCAGCUUAGAGUAUUAAUGCUUUCUCUUCCAAGUAAAGAAUUUUAAUAUUCAUGUGUCUGACACAAAUAAAAAUGUAAUUCCUUGGGGCAGCAGAGUGUAACACAGCUUAUUAGCCUUGGGAUUUAACGAACCUUCCUUACCUGCUGUUCCCCACUCCUACCCCAGCUGUACCAUCUUUUAGUUCUGUCCAUCUUGGGAAAAACACUUAAGAAAAGCCUCCGUUUUCUCAUCUAUCACAUGGAGAUAAUGUUAUCUUCCUUGCUAGAUUGUUACAAAGAUGAAACGAAUGUAAAUAAACACCUAGCACUGUCUAGGGUGCCUGGUUGGCCCCUUAACAUUUUAGUUUUCCUAUUAUUACUUAACAACAACAACAAAAACAGAGCUUAUUUGUUUGUUCAUUUUUAAUUAGAGAUAAGACAAAAAGAAGUAUUGGCCUGGUAAAUCCUUACAUGAAGUUAAGGCAAAAAAGUUUUUAGAAUUCAUUUUGACCUUGUUUUGAUCUUUCAUAACAUGUUUUGAAGAUUACAUUAUAUCCAUUUGUUUCUCUUUAAGGUUUGCACAGACCUUUGGUGAAAAUUAACAAAAUCAUGACCUGAUAAUUUGGUAUAAUUAAAAGGAAAUAAUUUAUGAAGUUCUCAUAAAAGAAUUAAUCACACUUAUUCUCAAUGAUUUUUUUUUCCAUUUGGCAUCAAAGAUCCUCAACUGACAAGGACAUUAAUAACCUGCUAAUAGAGCUUCAAACUUAGCCACCCCUAAAGGGUUAAAUCACUCUACUCAAGUGGGGUUUGAAUUGCUUGUCAGUGCUGAGGGUCACUGUCGCAGUUAAAUGACAGAUGUUUUCCUGAAAAUCCCUUGUAUCCUUUCUGGUGAUACAAAGUUCAGUGUCUGUAACAACAGGGUGGUGUUCUUUAAUAACUGUUAAAUUUACUCUUUAGAGACUUUACAAAGAUGUCCUAUUGCUCCUGGAGGACUCCCUUGACACCCAACUCUGCAUUUUCUUUUUGCAUAAUGCCUGCAAUUUAGAGCCACCGGGCUCCUUGUUGUAUAACUCCUGUGUCCUUAGUUCAGUAUAACCAGAAUACUCAUAAAUCUCCUUUUCUUCCAGUAGCUUUCUGUAGCAGCUGAGGUAUGACAGUGAUGUCCCUGAUCUAUAAUUCCAGACAGCCGUAGGGUGAACUGAUAAACCAAUCCAAAGCCACUACGUCAGAUAAAAUGAUGUUGUUUGCACAACUCAGUGCCCUCGAGAGGUAGUCAUGUAAUACUCCCAAUUUGUAUUCUGCAUAAAACUCCCUUUACAAGUUAUAAACUUCCUAUGGGGAACAAACAUAUCUAGCUAAAAGAUGCUGAACAUAUGACUAUAUAAUGUAAUUUUAAACUCAAAAGGAGUGGGCUAAGCCUCUUCUAUCCUAGAAACUGAAAGCUAUACAUAAAAAAUCCUGUCUAAGUAUGACAUUCUUCAAUUUGGAAUUCUAAUUAAGCAAUGUUUUCCUGAGACCCUGGGCUUCAUACAUAAUGUUAGGAAUAUAACUGAUUAAUAUAAACAUAUGAAUUGUACUUACGAUGUUUAAGUACUUUAUUCAGUCAUCACAAAAAAUUUAACUGAUUGUUUUAUUAUUUGUACUUUAUUGACUUACAGUUGAGGCAUCUAAUUAAAUGAUUUCCGUGGUCACAUUAAUUACAUUGGAGAAACCUUGACUAAACCAUAUAUUUUUAUUUGCAUGGUACUUCCUAAUUCUUCUCCCAUUCUAGAUCAGGGAUUCUCAGUCUUGGCACUACGUGGCCAAAACUGGAUAAUUCUUUGUUGUGGGAGGUUGUCCUGUGCAUUAUAGGAUGUUUAGCAACAUCCCUGGUUUCUACUUAGAUUCCAGUAGCAUACAGCAGUGUGACCAUCAAAAAUGUUCCCAGACAGUGCCAAAUGGGAGGCAAAAAUCACUCCUAGUUGAGAACCACUGGUCUAGAUAUAUUAAAGGAAAUUAGGUGUGGAAUUUGAACUAACUUAGAGCAAAAUUCUAAAUGUUCUGUUAAAGGUAUUAAGAUUUUCCUAAAACAAAACAAUGCAGUUUAGAUUCAGCUGUUCUAGGAAGUAUUCCUGGGUUUUCUCAGCCUUCUUUCUCUAUAUUCACCAGUAACUCUGAGCCCCCUGACCCCCUGCUUACUUCAUCAGAACGUGCACAAAAAUGUGGAGAUGUUUCUUUCUCCACUCUACACUGUGGGCCUCUGCUUCCCAGAAAGUUCUUGUGUCACUCUUUUUUCUAUCUCCAGCUUCUAGCACAGUGCAUGCCACAUAGUAGAUGCCCCAGAAAGGAAUUUGUUGGAUGAAGGAAUGCUACAGCUAUUUUUUUUCUUUUAGAUGUAUCAUUUAUAAAUAUAUAGACUUUAAAAAAAUGUGUGUAGGGAUUUUUAUUUUGCUUUCUGGUAUCUCUUUAAUUUGUAUAAACUUGUAUGAUUUUGUUUUCUUGAAGCAUUAUUUAUUCAUCUUACAGAUAUUGGGUGCUUACUAUCUGCCAGAUACUGAUGCAUGGAGCUAAGUAUAUGGUUAUGAACAAAACAGAUAUAAUCCUUGUCCUUAGGAAUCUUAAAGACAAUUAGGAGGCAACUACAAUUCAGGAAUGACCUACUUACCCAAGUCUAUCUGACGACACUGAUUUCCAAACAAAAUUGUAUAAGGCCUAGAAACUGCCUCUAGAUACACUGUACAUAAGAAACAUGCCCUGUAGACUUCAUGGGUUUCCCUCAUGCUUCAGAGAUCCUGAAUUAUUUCUUCUAACUUCAUCCAUGCUCAAAACCCCACAGGAGAAAAUUCGUAGUCAACAGUGGUGGUGUAUGAUUGUUAGGAAGUACAACACAUCUUCAAAUAAUAUUGUUUUGUUAUAAUAUUGAUGAGAAAACAAACACUGAUUCCUGGCUGGGCCGUUGUUUGUGUGGAGUUUGCAUGGUCUCCCCAUGUCUGUGUUGGUUUUCUCUGGGCACUCCAGUGCCCUCUUGCAUCCCAAAGCUGUGCAUACUAGAUGAAUUGGAGUGUCUAAAUGGUCCCAGUCUGAGUGAAUGAAUGCAUGUGUGUGAGUGUGCCUUGCAAGGGAAUGGCGUCCUGUGCAGGAUGAGUUCCUCCCUUGUGUCCUGAGCUGCCCAAAUGGACUCCAUUCACCCACCACCCUGAAUUGGAAUGAGUGGGUUGGACAAACAAAUGAAUAAAUGAAUAAAUAUAAAUUUCUAUCAAAAUCAAAAUUUGUACAGUAGACAAUAAUCAUACAAAUGCACAACAAUAAAUGAUGCGGUAUGGAAGUACUCAGCGAGCCUGCCAUAUUUGUGAUUGUUUUUGAACUGCAUGGUGGGAGGAAGUGGUCCUUACAAUUUUUGCUCUGCAAACGUGUUCCUUGAUUUAAUCCACCAACACUAUGGGUCACUCACUGAUUCACCAAAAAUUGGGUAAAUAAUUAUCUUAUUUGUUUUUAUUAAUCUUUCUUAAACAUAUGUAUACUCGUAUUUAUUUUGUGUUUAAUGUCUUUGUUUAGUGUUGUUUGUCUUUAGAUAUUUGGUGGUGUUUUGUGAGUAGAAAUAUGAAAUAGGAACUUAAUUUUGUUUAUAUUAAUUAGCCUGUGGUAAAAUUAAUUUUGUUAUAGUUGUUUCGCUUAAAGUUGCAGUUUCCAAGAAACCGUCUAUGAUGUUAAGUGAGGAUUUUACUGUAUGUAACAUAGAGACAGUGCCCUGUUCUUCAAUCGGUCACUUCCCAUGAAGGGGCCUCCCAGGAACUAAGAGGCAAUAUUCCAAGGAAGAUUUUGAGAGAGGGAGAAAAGGCCUUGAAUAGCUUUCUUUCUCCUCUGGUUACAAAUGUAUCCCUAAGUUUCAUUAGGAUCCAUCAGCUGUCUGAGUACUCAUGGAGUAUAGUAAGGAAAACAGGUCAAGCUCUCUUGUCCAGUAACAAAAAUAGGUCAAAGUCUCUUGUCCUUACCUCCACCUGCUUGCUUACUUUCCUUAAUUUCCCUGAAGUUGCCACUCCUUAUACCAGCUUUCCAUAUACCCCAAGGAGUGUCCACAUGAAUAUUUGCUCACACUACAUGCGGCCACUGCCAAACACUGAGGUCUCUCUGCGUGCCCUCUCUAAAGGCUUCCUGUGAAUCUAAAUUUGGUACUAUGCCAGCAAUAUCAUAUGUGAUCCUGCCCCUGUCUUUCUAAUCUCUUGCCACUCUUCCCCUUACCUGUUAUGCCACAGGUACACUGGCCUUUCCACUCCUCUGAUAUUCGACACUUGUUUCUGUCUUUUAGCCAUUGUGGUUAUUGUUUUCUUUGCCCAGAAUGCUCUUUUCCCAAACCUUUGCAUGACUGGUUCCCGUUCAUCAUUCAGCUACGUUAAAUUGCAACUUCCUCAGAGAGGACUUCUCAUGUAAUCAUUCUCUAUCCCAUCACUCUGUUACCACUCACCACUAUCUAAAAUUAUUUUAUUUAUUUGCUUAUCACGUGUCUCCUUCACUGGAAUGUAAGCCACAUGAAAACAAUAAUUUUAUCGUUUAAUUCGUCACUGGUACCUUAGCACUUAGAAUGGCAGGCACUCAAUGAACACAACCAAGGUUUUCUCAAUGGGUCAUUACAGCUUUUUCCCUCAGGAUUAGUUUCAUGAUGACUCUUAGUUUAAUUUGAAUCCCUUCUAGACGUGUAAGACUCUUCCUAUAUGAUGUUUUGAUAAGAUAUUUGACAUUUAUACACUGAAGAGUCUUUGAAUAACAGAGCUACAUUAUCUUUUAAAAAUGUUCUCUUACAUGUACCCUAAACUACCUUGAGAGUUUGAGAAUCAGUCUUGGUUGUAUUUGGCUGCAAGCAACAAAAGUCUAUGUAUGUUGGCUUAAAGAAACAGGGUUUACUUUUCUCACAUAACAAGAAGUCUGGAGUUAGAUGACUAUUUGUAUCGGAUCAGCUGCUCAGUGUUGUCUGAGUCAGCAUCUCAAUUUUUUUGACCUUCCCCACAAAAUCUCAAGAUGCAGUUGCAACUCCGAGUAAUGUGUCUACAUUAAAGAUAGAAAGAAGGGAUAGUAGGGAGGGUUGUCCCCAGACCUAUCUGUCUCCCUUAUCAGGAAAGCAAAUAUUUUCCUGGGAAUUCUCUAACAGACCUUUGCCUCUGUCUCUUUGAUUAGAACUGGGUCACAUGGCCAUUCCUAUCUGUCUAUAGUAACAUUUAAUACAUGUAUUAAUUUAUUCAAAUAUGUAUUAAAACUCAUGCAGUGUAUUCUGCUAGAUAUUAUGUAUGAGAGGGGCAUAAAAUGAAUGAAAUAUACAUAAAUGUAAAAUUUCAUACUGCAUUUAUGAAAUUUUCAGUCUAGAAGGAAAAGUAAGACUUGCACAGAAUACAAAUUGGAAAGUGGCAAAUAUUAGACUGUUAGAUCCACAAGGAUAGGGAUUAUGUCUGUUUUGGUUUGCCCCAAUUUUGCCCUUAACCAGGCAUAUUCCUGUACACAGCAGAAAUUGAACACGUAUUUGUUCAUUUGAACAAAAGAAAGGAACAGAUAGAAUGUGAUUAGACUUCAGAGAAGGAAAGAUAUAUUCCAAUGGAAGGAAUUAGGCAAAGCUUUGCAAUGGAAGUGGUAUUUAACCUAGGACUUGAAUGAUGCAAAUGAUUUGGAGCUAAAGAACUGAAGAUAAUGGGAGUGGCAGAAGAAAAGCAUUCAUGGAAGUAUCAGCAGGAGCAAGGCACAGAAGAAAAUCAUGCACUGUCUCUAGGGAACAAUAUGUGCCUUAUAUGCAGGUCACUUGAACGCAGUAGAAGAGUCAGUGGGUGGCAGGUCAUGGAGAGCCUUGGAUGCUAGCCUAGAGGGUUUGGAUUUUUGUCUGAGGCAUGAGGGAGACAAUGGGGUGACAUGAGCAGAGCUGUACUUCAGGAGGAUGAACCUGCCAGCAAUUUUAAGAUGUAUUGGAAUGAAGACAAGCUGGUAUGAGGUGGAGAGUGCAGUUAGAAGGCUAGUGUAACAUUCCAGACAGAAAAGGUGAUAACCCAAGGAAGGCCUAAACAUGGGUAGCUGGAGAGGAGGCAAUAGGUUUAAAAGAUGCACAUAGAAGAAGGCAGUACCUGCGAUUCAUUUGAAGCAGGAGGCCAGUGAGAUGGAAAAAUAUCAAAGAUGGACUAUGAUUUUUUAACUAGAGUGACUGAAGAAUAGUAGUACCAUGAAAAUAAAUCAAGCUCGCUGAAGGAAAGCCUCACGUUGGUUGGUUUGUGAGGAGAAAUGCUAAGCUUCAUUUUGGUCAUUUUGAGUUUGAAGGCCUUUUUGGAUAUUCAAGUAUGAAUAAAGUUUGGGUGGUAAGUGUUGGAGUUUCUCUGUCAACAAGGAAAUGAUGGUCAAAAUCCAAGGAGUAUUCCAAGAAGAGCACAGACAGGAAGAGAUUCUAAAGACAGAUCUAUGGUGCCCUUCAGCAUGCUGAAGCCAUCCCGGGCCCUUAUCACUGUGUCUAGGUAACCAGUCUUUACAUAAUAAAGAGGUUUGGGUAACAGAGGAUGUCUUUGGAGACCCUAAGCUAAAGUAUUGUCGGUAAUUUUGGUUUGGGGGUAUGUGUGCAUGUGUGUAUGUGUGUUUGUGCAUGUGUGUGUGUGUGUGUGUGUGUGUGUGUAUGUGACAGAGAGAGAGAGAGAGACAGAGAGAGACUGGUUCUUCAAUGAUUUAGUGAUUGCCAGUUCUGCCCUAAGCAGUUUUUAUAGUGGGAAGCAGGGGGCAGCAGAGUCCCACCUUUCAAAAGGGAUUCAGCCCAUAAAAUCACAUUUUUCUGUAUCUUUUUUUGUUGUUGUCAAUGAAAACAUAUCCCCUUCUAAAAGUUGUAGAAAAUCAUUUCUAAGUUGCUGUCUUUGGGCACAGCAUAUGGAUCUGGAGCUUAACUUUUGGGGAACCUAUCUCCAAGCUGAUUAUGGAAACCUCAUUUAAAGAAGGGAGUUAAGAACUUAAAGAACUUAUUUACUGGUGAUGGUCUGAUUGAUGCUAUUUCAAUGAAAGAGCUGGGAUUAGAAUUUCAAUGGGGAAUUUUUAGCCUGAAGGCUAACUCUGUCCUGAAGACUUUGGUUUGUAUUUAAAGGAAAGAGAAUUAGAUUCAUCACAGCAGCACUUUUAAGAUACAUUUGCUAUUAUAGUUACAGUAGUGGUGAAUACAGUCCACAGUCCUUGCUGCUAUUGGUGGCUUUUCCUCAAGACAGGUUAACCUGGGAUAACGGUGGGAAAUGAAGCCAUGGUUACAAUAAUAAUUCAUAUUGCUUUUUUUUUUUUUAAACCUAACUCUAUUGCAGAACCUCUAGUUCUUUCUCAUCUCUGUUGCUUUACCUCUCAGUCUUUGCCUGCUGUCUAGACUGCCUGUGAAGCAAGCGGCGCGAGGCUUCUUCUUUCUGUUUCUAGUGCUUGGCUGUGGUGUCUCCCACCAGGUGAUGUCAGUGCUGGGCCCUGAGCAGUGGGUCCUACUGUGGCAGAGCCUUGCUGGACUGUGCAGAGGUGGGGGGCUUGCUUCUCCCUUUUCUGCCAUACUUUGUUUGAUGGACAAGGACCGUAUUACUGUGCAUUUUCACGUCUGAUUGCCUACGAUGUAUAGGUGUUUGACAUUCUUUUUGAUUGUUGCUGAAUAGGCACCAAAGACUUUUCAGCUCCGUCUUAUGGAAUUUCAAAUUAAAAAUUGUUAAAUUAGUUCUUGCACUUUUUCUUUCUAGGUUUCAGACAUGUAUCCAUAGGGAUAAGAACAAAAAGCAAACUCUCAUGAGUUCCAGAAAAAAGGUGGAGGCAAUGUGCAAACAACGGUGCUUAGCGCAAAUUGUUGAGAUGAGAUGAGGCCUGAGGUAGGGGCCGCACACACAUACAUCUUUAAUAUUGCUUUUGACUCUUGCCACACCACCCUAUCGUUAGUUCUUUGAUUGUGGCAUUCCCCUUAAACUUUCAGGCCUUUGUUCAUAGUACUUUUCCCCGGUAAUCUCUUUCCUCUUUUCUGUUUCAUAAGCUUUUCUUUCCUGCCUUAGUUUUCUUUUUCCCCCAUAGCACUUACCACUUUUGAACACAUUAUAUAAUUUAUUAUGUUUAUUGUCUGUUCUCCCAUCCUCCUACUAGAAUAUAAAAGAUCUGUGAGUGCAGGGAUCUUUGUUUUAUUCACUGAUCUAUCUCAAGCACCUAGAAUACUACUUUGAAUAUAAUAGGUAUUCAAUAAAUGUUUGUUAAAUGACCAAGCGGAUCCUUGAAGGCGCAACUCAAAUGUUAUUGCCUCAGCGCUCUACUCUCAAACCUGGAUAAAAUUUGUUUAUUCUUCUAUAUUAUCAUUGUACUUUGUUUAUAUUUGUAUCACAGCAGUUAAGUCUAUCAUGAAGAGUUAAUUCAUAUUUCAAUAAAAAUGAUAAUAAUGUAAUAAAAUAUUAAAUUGGACAUUUUAACUGAGGUGCCAAGUUGCAAUAAGUAUGAAAUUCCAAAGUGGUUUGCCAUCCAAAAAUGCAAAUUUUCAUGAGUUUCUUGACUCUUAAAAAACCCCACCCACAUUAAAGAUAUCGAAGGAUCGAGAGAGUGGAGAUGAGGGGAAGUUUGAUAGGAUUUCUCUUGAGAAAGCGUGGUUGUGAGUACCCUGCCCCUGCCAGGAAGAGCACAGAGACUGCUUUUCCCUUCAGAUGAAGUCCAGCUUCCGAAGGGACCUCAUGGAGAUGUGUGUCUCUGGCAGUGAGGAAGACACAGCUGCUUUCUGAAUCCUACUUGGAAAAUUUAAAAGGCAAAGGGACAGGAUGGCCAGCUGCUCUAAUGGCAGGAGCAAGGAGACACUCCCAGAGUUAGCUGGGGGAGAGUUUCCCUUGGAGCAAAUGUGAGCCAUGUGGGAGCCUGAGCCAGGCAGGAGUCAUUUAAAAUCCUUCCCAAGAUUGCUGCCUGGAGGAGAGACGGGACGGCAGAGAAAGGAGGUGGCUAGCCAGGGUAAGAUACAUUAUUUCUGUCAGAUGAAGAGUAUUCAAAUAUUUCUAUUUUUUUUUUUUUUUUUUUUGGUGGGGGAGAGCCCUGAAAAACCCAGGGAAUUGUUAGAAAAAGUCAUCUUUAAACACCUAUCAGGCCCUCAGAGCAAGAAGCUGGCCCAAAAGAGAAUCAGUUAAAAUAAGAACUUUCUGCCCACCUUUACCUCUCCUCCAUCCCACUUUCUUUGCCUCUGGCAGGGUCAGAAACUAGACAACAAGCUGGGGGAGAGAAGAAAUGCUGAGGGCUGGAAAGACGUGUGGGGAUGGGGCAAGGGAGAGGCCUCUUUUUCUUACUAAGUGCUGCCAGCCUGCAGCAAAACCCUCCUGGGAGACAAUUUAACAUUAAAUCAGGUUACAAGUUAUACUUCUUAUGAGGGACUGGACUUUCUGAUUUCUGAAUUAAGAGCUUUUAUGGCCUAAAGUGACCUGAACACUUUUUUUUAAAGUUAUUGUUACCUAGGAAUAAUCAGAAAGGUUGUGAUGAUGGCUGAGAUUUUGUCCAGGGUCAGGGGAAGUACUUCCCCCGCUACAUAAAUUUUAAAAGGGACAGUGGGCGUCAGAAAUAGUCAUGCUGUGUGAUUACCUCCCAUGAGUACUCACAGUGUCAGUGACAAUAAUCGUGUUCGCUGAUGUUUAUUGUGCGUCCACUGUUUCUCAGGCACUCUGCUAAAUAUUAAUAUAUUUGCCUGUGCCCAACAACCCUAUGUGGUAGGAACUCUUCUUAUCCCAUUUUGCACCUAGGAAAACUCAAGUUCAAAGACGUCAAAUAACUUUCCUGAGGUUUCCAACUAGUUAGAAAUAGAGUUCGUGUUUGAACCCAGGUGGCCUUGCCAUAUUUUAUUCUUUAAUAGAGUCAGAUUUCCUUAGGAAUUCGUGUUCAUAUACUUUUUUUUUUUUUUUUCCUGAGACAGAGUCUCGCUCUGUCACCCAGGCUGGAGUGCAGUGGUGCGAUGUCAGCUCACUGCAACCUCUGCCUCCCGGGUUCAAAUGAUUCUUCUGCUUCAGCCUCCCAACUAGCUGGGAUUACAGGUGCCCACCACCUCACCUGGUUAGUUUUUGUAUUUUUUUUAAUAGAUACGGGGUUUUAUCAUGUUGCCCAGGCUGGUCUCGAACUCCUGACCUCAGGUGAUCCUCCUGUCUCAGCCUCCCAAAGUGCUGGGAUUACAGGCAUGAGCCACCGUGCCUGGCCUCAUGUUCAUAUUCCCUGUGUACAGCACAGGGUCUGGCAUCUGGUGGUGAACUGGGUCUUGCUCUUUUUGCCCAGGCUGGAGUGCAGUGUGUGUGAUCACGGCUCACUGUAGCCUUGAUCCCAGGCUCAAUCAAUCCUCCUACCUCAGCCUCCCAAGUAGCCGGGACUACAGGUGUGCACCACCAUGCACAGCUAAUUUUCGUGUUUUUUGUAGAGGUAGGGUUUCACCAUGUUGCCCAGGCUGGUCUUGAGCUCCCGGGUUCACACGAUCCACCCACCUUGGCCUCCCAAAGUGCUGGGAUUACAGGUGGGAGUCAUCACGCCUGGCCUAAACAAAAUUUUUAAUUUUUUUUUUUUUUUUUUUGGAGACGGAGUCUUGCUCUGUCACCCAGGCUGGAGUGCAGUGGCUCAAUCUUGGCUCACUGCAAGCUCUGCCUCCUGGGUUCACGCCAUUCUCCUGCCUCAGCCUCCCGAGUAGCUGGGACUACAGGCGCCCGCCACCACGCCCAGCUAAUUUUUUUGUAUUUUUACUAGAGACGGGGUUUCACCUUGUUAGCCAGGAUGGUCUUGAUCUCCUGACCUCAUGAUCUGUCUGCCUCGGGCUCCCGAAGUGCUGAGAUUACAGGUGUGAGCCACCGCACCCGGCCACGAAAUUUUUAAUUUUUAAUAUGUGUCGUUGACAAUAUUUUACAGUAACACAUAUAAAAUUUAGCAAAAUAUAGUAACAAGGAACAUAGACUUUAGAGUCAGUGGAUACGGGUUUGAAUCCUGGUUCCACCUCUUGAUCGCUGUUCUGUCUUUGGGAAAAUGACUUAACCUGUCCAUGCCCCAGUUUCCUCAUUUAUAAAACAGAAAAAUAGUACCUAUAUCAUAGUGUUAUGGUGAGGACCAAAUAAGAUAAUAAACAUGAAGCACCUAACACUGCCUAGCAUUUGGCACAUGGUAGAUGUACUUGUCAUACCCUGUGGCUCAAAAAUGGGAUGACAUUUACUUAUUUGGGUUAUGUGUUAUUUUAUAUUUCUGAAUUCUCAGCAGUAGAGUUUCGUCACGGUAUACAGUCAGACCCAACCCUGAGAAAAAUUGUGAAGUACAGUUGAAGCUCUUGACCAGCCCACAUGCUCCAUUCCUGCAGCAGUCUUGCCUUUGGAUGCCCCUGCUGGCUGGGUGCUCCUGCUAGUUGGCCACUCACUGCUCCCAUGUGCAUCAGCCCACCUUGUAAGGUGUGUGUUUGUAGUGCAUCCCUGUGCUUGUUCCUAAAUCUGUUUGUAACUGUAAUUACAUAAUUCAAUUAAAUAUUAUUUAAAUAGAGUAUGCGUAUGAAGAGAUUGGAGGACUUUUACAGUUAUCUCCCUGCCUUGCCUUUUCUCUCUAAUGAGGGCACUCUUUCCUCAUGCUUGCUUCCCUUUGUUUAGGGCAAAGAAGUGACUAAAUUCAUUUAUACUAAGGCACAAAUGCCUGCUGCCCCUCUCAGGGUCAACUGCAUUUUAAUAGAGAUUUAAUGCUGUAGCCAAAGGAAGAAAGCUCUAAUUUUGGAAGUUGGGUAGGAUGACUGAUUUGUCCUAUCCAAAAACAUGUCGUAAAUCCUUCUUCAUCCUUCCUCUGCAUACUUUGAAAUAUGUUGUUAUUUCUGUUACAAUUGUGCAUUGUGUCUCCAUGGCCAUUCAUACCUCUGGCCAGAGGAAAUGUAUGUUAACCCUUUUCAGAUUUGCCUUGAGAAUACUCACCAGUGGCGCUUGUGGCUGCAAGACCCUGAGAUAACCUUGCCACAAAAUAUCUCACUUUUUUAAUUAUUUUUGCAUUGCUCUAGUAUAUCAACUUUGGAAACGAAAAACAUCAUUCUAUUUAUAGGAUUCUGUUUUUAGUAAUGGUAUUCUGGCUUACAAAAUAUAGUAAUUCUCAAUUGCUGAAAAUGUCAGAUCCUAGAAAACAUAGCAUUCCUAUGUGUGAUGUUAACAUUGUCCUUGAACAGUUGUUGCCUGAAGAUUGAUUUGAUGAAUCCGAUUUUUCUGAAAUAGACAAUUCUGAUAUUAGUGCUGUUUAGAAAUAACUCCAAGAACGACGAUGUGGUUUGGAUCUGUGUCCCCACCAAAUCUCAUCUUAAUAUUGUAAUCCCCGUGUGUUGAGGGAGGGAGGUGAUUGGAUCAUGCAGAUGGUUCCCCCAUGCUCUUCUCAUGAUAGUAAGUUCUCAUGAGACUUGAUGGUUUUAUAAGUAGCAGUUUCCCUGCUCUUCCUUCUCCUACCACCUUGUGAAGAAGGUGCCUGCUUCCCCUUCUGCCAUAAUUAUAAGUUUCCUGAGGCCUCCCCAGCCAUGCAGAACUGAGUCAAUUAAGCCUAUUUUCUUCAUAAAUUACCCAGUCUUAGGGAACUUCUUAGAAGUGUGAGGAUGUACUAAUACAAAUAGUUUUUAUCUUUUAUUUUCACAUUGAAAAUCAGUCAGAUUUGCUUCAGCCUCAAAGAGCGUGUUUACGUAAAAUUAAAUGAGUGCUGGCAAUGAGUGGCACAUUUUUUUUCUAAAUGGGUGAAUUGUCUAAUUGUCAUUUGUGUUAUUUCACUGAGAGUGGUGCAGUACACAUUGUAGUUAAAUUUGGAGGCAGAAGCUAUGGAACAACUUCUCCCACCCACAGAAUAUACUCACACCUUUUGUUCUUUUGUGGCCAACCCCCGGGUACAGAGAUACUCACAAAAUUUAAAUGUACUGAAUUCCCAUAUGGCAACAUGGGUCUUUUAUUUAUUUUUGCACACUGCCUUGGUAAAUGUUCAUAGAACAAAAAGCCUGAUUCCCACUUAAUAUAUGUUUAUAUAUUUAUAUGUUCAUAUAUUCAUAUAUGUUCAUUUAGUGAAGAAUUAAGAACAUGUUACAACUGGAAUUAUACAAUUGAAGGAACUUAGAGAAAUUUUAGUCCAAACACCUCAUUUUAUGCAUAAGGAAAUUGAGCCAAAGAGAAGUGACUUGCCUAAGUUCAUAGAGUGGGUUAAUCCCAGGGUUGGAUUUAGAACUCAGAUCUUCUGACUCUUAAUCUGGGGCUCUUUUGCUGUUCUAGCUAUUAUAUUUGAAAAUAUUUAAAUAAUAUCCAACAUUUAUUGACUACAUAUUACAUUCCAGAUGUUAUUAAUACUCUUUACAUUUAUUAAUCAUUUUACUCUCACGACAGCCCCACGAAGUGGGUACUAUUAUUAUCUUAUUUUACAAAUGCAGAAACUAAAGCAUGCAGAGUUAAAUAACUUCUGCAAGGUCAAAUGGUAGAAUCAGAUCUUGAAAGUAGGAAUUUUAGCAGAAGGUACUCCAGAUAGAUGGAGAUUUCUUUGGUUCUUCUUAUUUCUUCCAGUCUCCAUCUUUUGAAUACUUGAGAAUUCACUCAGUAGCUUUCUCAUACAUAAGGGAAUGAUAGUCUUGGUAAUUGUACUUACCAUGACUUGCCCUAAAUGGAAAUUACCUUGGGCUGGUGUUCAGCUAUGCUCUGAACCUCAGGUAUGCAUUGAGUAUGCUAGUUAAGAUUAUCCAAAUAAUCCUUGCUUUUCUGUAAGAUGCCGCCCACCACCUUUUUAGAGAUGAUUAUCCUUUACAGUUAAGUAGUUGUGAGAUAACAUGAAUUACCUCCCCUGAACUCAACACAGAAGCUGUGACAGAGCAUGAAGAAGGUUGUUGACUCUAAGAGAAGGACAAAGAAUUGUGACAAGUCCCUGAAGAGAGAGAAAUUUGAUGAGCCCUUUAUUGGAAAUCAGUGGUUGCCCAGAGCAGAAGAAGGCCGUGUGCCUAGGACAGGAGUAGGCAAUGGAUAACUUUUCAGUUGUGCCAUUUCUUUUUCUCUUCCCCGUUGUUCUGAGUAGGUCAUGACCUGAAGUGUCAAGAAAGAAAAAUGGUAGCACUAGCCCAGCAACUGGUGGGAGUAAGGGAGUAACAUCAGGCUUCUACUUGAGUCAGGUUGGGGAUAAGAGCAGAUGAAAGCCAGAGGUCUUCAUCCCGGCCCACAUCUACCCAUAUCACAUGGGCUAGGCCAUAAGAAAGACCAGGAUGGGGGUUCUCUAGGAAGCAUGGUUCUCUGGUGCAGGAAACCCCAGUGAGAAGUGGUCAAACCUAGAUUUUAAUGCCAGCCACUCUCCACUAGAAGGCAUGUCUCCCCUUUUAUACUCCCUAAGGUCAUACGAAGGAGAGUAAGGGCCUGGGCUUUCGUGCCUCACUUUCAGGUGCAUAACACUGAUCAGUGUUCACUAGGGGGUCGGUUUCCUAGAGGAACCUGCAUACUAGAAGGAAAGAAAUACCAGGGGAGUAAAACCACUGUUACAGAAAGAAAAUAAAUGGAGCAACGUUUACCAGGUUUAAUGCAGGAUUAAUGAAACCAAAGAAUAAGAAUUUAAAAUAAGCAUACUAUCAUCUAAUAGGUUGACAGGAAAUAAGUUGGAGAUAUGAAGCAGUAACAAGAAGUUAGGAAGAACAUAGUGCAAAUAUUGGGUAUGAAAUUGUAAUUAUUGAAAAUAAGAAUUCAAUAAAUUGAUUAAAUAGCAGAGUGAAUAUAGCCACAGAAUGAAUUAGUGAAUUGGAAGAUGAGGACAAGGAACUCUUUUGGAAGGCAUUAAGAAGGAUAAAGAGAUAGAAAGUAUAAAGUGAAUGUUAAGAGAUUUACAGGAUUGGCAUAGAGCUUUCUGCAUCGGUUAUCAGUCAGGGUCCCUGCAGGCAAGAGAGAAUGAACACAUUAAGCUGGAAUUUUAAAGAGACCUUAAUGAAAGCACUAUUUAAAUAAUAGAAUUUAAGGUGGAGGACAUGGUAUACUGGUGAAAGGAACAACAAAUCAAGAAAACGUAAUAAUAAAAGACAAAACUGACAAACUAUGGAGAAAAAAUGGAUAAAUUAAAAAUUAUAGUUGGAGAUAUUGUUGUAUUGCUUUCGAGAACUAAUUGAGCAAACAAAAAGUAAAUAAUAUCUGGUAUAAAUAAUAUAACUAAUAGGCUUGAACUAACAUAUACACAUACAUAUGUAAACAAUAUAAUCUUACUCUCAACAGAGAGUAUAAAUCAUUUUCUAGCACAGGUAGAACAUUUAAAAACUUUACUACAUACCAAGCACAAAGAAGUCUCAGUGAAGAUAAUCAGCACUAUUCAGACAAUGUUCUCUGACCAAAGGGCAAAAAAAUAAGAUAUCAUUUUUUGAAUAAAAAUAUCACAGAGAAAAGUUGUAAGGGAAAUUGGGAAGUACAUAGAAGGGAAAGACAAUGAAAAGACUAUGUAGUAUCUUCACAUAGCCAAAAUAGAGCUUAGAAAUAAAUGUAUAGCUCUGAUAGAACGUAUGAGAAUAUAAUCAAAUAAACUAAUAUGUCAAUUUAGAAAACUGGAAAAAGAUAAAUUGAAUACACUUAGAAAAAAUAACCAGGAGAAAGGAAAAAGAAACAAAACAAAAGAAAAGCAAGACAAAAUAAUAAACUGUAGAAUUACUUCAAAUUAGAGAAGACUAGUCAAUUGAAAAGCUCAUUGUCUGAAAAUUUUUAGAUGGGCAAUAACAGCUAACACCUAUGUAGUGCUUACUACAUUGUUACACUUGUGUAGUACUUGUAUAUUACUCUAAACUCUUUACAUCUACUAAUGCAUUUUAUCCCCAUGGCAACCCUAUGAGGUAGGCACUAUUAUCUCCAUUUUACAGAUGAGAAAAUAAAGCAGAAGAGGCAUAUUAAAUUUUGCACAGUAGGGAGUGUAAAGGAAACAGUUGCCUAUACAAAGAUAUUAUGAAACUUUUGAAGACUAUCAUGACCAAAUGUUGACCAAAAUGUUGAAAACAAGAAAGAAAUGAAUAAAUUUCUGGAAUAAUAUAAAAUGUCAAACUUGUUUUAAGAAUGAAAAAAAUUUGAAUAAGUCAAAGACCAAUAAGGAGUCUGAUGUUAUAAAGAUAUCCCUCCCCUCAAAAAGCCCCAGGCCUGGGUGGUUUUAUAGAUGACUUCUAUCAGUUUUUCAAGAAAGAGGACACCUCUAUCUUAAACAAGUUGUACAACAAAAUAGAAAAUUAAAGGCAACUGCCCAAAAUAUUUUUAAAAAUUAAUAUGAAAUUUACAUAACAUAAAAUUAAACAUUUUAAAGUGCUUGAUUUAUUUUAUAGAGUGAAAUUGUCAAUGACUUCAAAACUGGAUCAAGUUAGUAUGGAGGAGAAAGAAAAUUAGUGAUUCAUUUUACUUGUGAGCCCAUUUAAAAACUAUGAAAAAAUGCUAAAUGAAAUAUAAGUUAACAAAACUCUGAUGUUAUACUGUGAAAUGAUACAUUACAAUCGAGUAGGGUUUAUCUAUUGAAUGCAAAGAUGGUUUAGUAUCUGAAAAUCUGUCAGAGUAAUUCACCACAUUAACAGACUAACGGAGAAAAAUUAUGAGAUGAUUUUAAUCCAUGUGAAAAAUUUUGAUGUAGUUUAGCAUAUAUAUCUUGAAAAACAAACCCAGAAAACUGGCCAUAGAAAGGGCAUAAUACAAUAUAGACCACAUUCAAUAAUCUUCAAGAAAUACAGUACUUAAGAAUGACGAAUUCCUUUUGAAAUUCAGGAAAAUUUGAGGAUGUCCUUUAUCUUUAUUUUAAUAAUGAUUCAACAUUGUACUGGGGAUUCUAGCCAGCAUAAUAAGAAAAAUAAAUAAGAUACAGAAAUUGGAAGGGAAGGGACAUAGCAGUCAUAAUUUACAGAUGAUAUAAUUAUCAACAUGGAAAAUCUAGCAGAGUUUAGCAGUCAAUUAGAGCUUAAAUGAGAAUUCAGCAGUGUUAUUUGAUACAAGAUAAACUUACAUACAUUGAUAGUGCACUUUCUAUACCAACAAUAACCCACUAGAGUAUGAUGAAAAAGAAGAUAUUAUUUAUAAUAUUAACAGUAACAAAAAACAAUAAAGUAUCUAGGAAUUACCUAGUAAAGAACAGAUAGGACUUUUAAAGAGAAAAGUUUUAAACUUUUUUAAGGGACACAAAAAGAUCAGAAUAAAUAGAGUUCAUGGAUGGCAUUACUUAUAAAAAUAUCAACUUCUUUCUAUAUCUAUACAUUAUACAAUAUUAAUAAAAAUUCUAGUAGGAUUUUUUUCAAGAACUCAAGGUUUAAAAAAUUUACCUGGAAUGAAUAUUCAUGAAGAGUUAUUUUUUUGAAAAGGAAUAACAAGGAGAAGAAACAUGUGCAAUGCUAUUUUAUAAUAAACCAUGUAGAACACACAUAAGACCAAAUGGAAAAAAGGAAACGAAAUUAAUAGUGCAGACAGAGCCAUGGAUACAUGGUGGUGUCAUAAAUUGGAUGGAAAAUGAUAGAUUGUUCACUACAGUGUGUUUGGAACAUCAUAUAGCACUGGCUCACUCUUUCACCGACUGUAUCUCCAAUACUGUUGGAUCUUUAUUUUACAUUAUGUACACAGUUGAACCUAAGAUGGAUUAAAGACCUAAAGGUGAAUGUGGAAAAACAUAUCAAAUAGAAUUUAUUAUGAAUAUUGGUAACAAACCAUAGUAGUAUUUAUACUACCUGUGAAUUUCAUUAGUAGAAAUUAUAGAUAUUUUCAUGCCACAUUAAAUUGUUGUAGAUAUGUCAUUAAUACUUUGAGAUUAUGGUAAUUAUUAGAUCUACUGUCUUCUCACUGAAUGCUUUAAUAAAGUAGUACAUGUAUUGUUAUGUCACAAAUAAAAAUAUUUUUAUAACA